AUGCCUGGUGGCUCGCCGAGAAGGGCUGUUGUGCUCUUCGUGCUCACGCUCAUGAUGUUGUUCGUCCCCUCGAGUGCGCAAUUGGAAGGUUGUUUCAAAGACUGCAUCUGCAACUGGUCUGGAGGGAAACGCACAGUGAAUUGCGCUCACGCGCGACUCACCGAUCUCCCGUCUGGGCUUAGCCGGGAUACCCAGGUCGUCAACAUAUCAGAGAACUCGAUUGGAAGCAUCUCGGCCCGUGCUUUUCACUCUCGUGGCUACAUAAACCUCCAGAGGAUAUUUGCGUCACGAUGCGGUCUCGUCGAGAUCGCGGAUGACGCUUUCCACCUACUGAAUAACCUCGUUGAGUUGGAUUUGAGUUCUAAUUUGCUGACUCAAGUUCCAAGCAGGGCCCUCUCGGACUGCUCGGGUCUGCGCCGUCUGUCUCUGAGUCACAAUCCUAUUAAAGUUCUGCGCGACGAUUCGUUUGUUGGUCUCAGUCGACUGGCCACGCUUGAGCUCAACGACUGUGAACUGCAAUCGAUUGAGAGCUUCGCGUUCCGUGGAUUGAGCAGUUUGGAGUUUUUACGACUGGCUCGUAACUCCUUGGAGAAGAUCCCGUCAGACUCGCUCGUCGAACAUCUCCAGCCCCAUCUCUACGAGUUGAACCUUCAGGACAACCCUUGGCUGUGCGACUGCGGAAUCAGAAGCCUGCGCACGUGGAUGAUUAAAAACAACAUCCCGCUGUCUGUUUCCCCAAAGUGCGCGCGGCCGGCCCGCCUCCAGGGUAUUUCUUGGAAUGCCCUGACGAUCGAUGAUUUCGCGUGUGAGCCUAAAAUCAUGCACGCAGACUUCACGAUUUCGGCCAAAGAAGCGGACAACGUGACGCUCCAGUGUGAGGCCGAAUGCCGAUCGCCAGCAUCGAUAGGAUGGCAUUUCCGAAAUCGAAUCAUUCACAAUAUGACGCUUAUGUCAUUCGGUCGCCAGUUCUACGUCAUCAGAGAAGAAUCGUCGCCAGGAUCGAAAACCAAUAGCCUGACUAUCAUAAAUGUCAUGUCGAAAGACGAGGGGAUCUACACUUGCGUGGUGUCGAACCGCGCGGGAAAUGCCACCAAGUCCAUCAAACUAACGGUCCAGCCUCGUGACGAUUUCUGGGAGCUGACGUUGACUGAGCUGAUGGGUGUCGUCGUCGUGUUGACGGUGUUGAUUAUUGUUCUGAUAUGCGCGGUACACAUGGUCGUUCAGCAAUACGCCCGCUUCUGCGAGCAACGGGACGCUUCGGCAACAGACCUCAACAUCAAGUACCAGAGCGAACUGACACCGCGGUCGCCGAGCCUUGUUGACAAGAAAGUGUCGUUGAUGGAUCGCGGCAGCGCAAGAUUCAAAAAAGUCCUCGCCGUGAGCAAGAAGGAUAAUCACUUCGUCGUCGACCUUCUCGGGGGUUCGCCCGAGGUUCAAAAUAAAUGCGGAGAAUGCUGCCACGGAAACUGUUCCGAGGAGCAUUUCACUCGGAUCGAGCCGCUGUUGGAAGGCUAUCCACAGACUCCGAGGAGUGGCCUUGGGGUUCCGAGCGAUCAUCUCGUUAGCGCGGUUGCGUCGGAACUAGAACACCGGAUCACCCAGAGGAUCCUGAGUCAUCAGCUGAGCUCUCUCAUGAUUUCCCAGUUCCCGUUGGGAGAGCCCUCAAACGGCGGGGAGUGCUUCCGGAAGAACGAUCGGAGACCUCAAAUGACCGACGUGAAAUAUAGCCCCGACGAAGGCUUAGGUGAAGAGGAGAAGGAACAUUGUGACGACGCCUCGGUUCGGUGA